AUGGUAGAAUGUCAGCAUUUGACUGAAAUAUUUAGUAAUAAUUCGAAGAAAGAUGAAUUUUUAACAGUGUAUUACUCUACCAAAUCUACACUUUCAAGAACCUCCGUUCAAGAUAAAUUGAGAUAUACAAUGAUUUGUUCUGAAUGUCAUCAAUUAAACAAUGGUACCUCGUUUCUUUGUAUCCAAUGUGGUAAUUGUGGCUGCUGGAACGGCUCACAUUCCAUGAAUCAUUAUAAAUCAACAAAUCAUCCAUUUGGUGUAAAUUCUUUAAACGGCCUUUUAUAUUGUUUUCAUUGUAAUGAUUAUGUGUUUGUUGAAGAAUUACUUUUAACUCCAAAAAUUCAAAAAUAUUGGAAUAGAAUAUCCAAUGAAACAUCAAUUCCGACAUUAACUCAGGCACAUGGUUUAAAAGGGUUGGUAAAUAUGGGUUCUACAUGUUAUAUGAGUAGUAUUCUACAAUGUCUGAUGCAUAACCCCUUAUUUGUUGAUCUUUCUAUGAAAGGUGUUCACUAUAACUAUUGUAAAAUUCAAGAUCCUAUGAAAUGCAUGUCGUGUGCAAUAGAUAAUAUAAUUUCAGAAACGUAUGGAAAUAAAAAGACAACUCCAAAUGAAGGUCUAGUGGAUAUUUUGAAUUGUUCAUGGAGAGUAAAUAAAAAUUUGGCAGGUUACACUCAGCAAGAUGCCCAUGAAUUUUUACAAUUUAUAUUAAAUCAAAUGCAUAAUGAUUAUAAGUUAAAUGAAAUUCAUGAUACAAAUAAACAAGAAAUGAAUGGUACAGAUUUUAAAACAAUGGUAAACGGUAAUAGCAGUAAAGAGCAUCUUCACUUAUGCAAUUGCUUACCGCAUACCAUAUUUCAAGGCUUCUUAAAAAGUAUAAUAUCAUGUUCAGAAUGCAAAGCACAGUCUCAAACAACAAUAGAUCCAUACAUGGAUCUUUCAUUAGAUGUUAAAGGAAAAUCUACUCUUUAUGAAUGUUUAGAAAGCUUUCAUAGAACAGAACGAUUGCAUGAUUUCACUUAUAAUUGUAAAAAGUGUAACAAAUCACAAGAUGCAAAUAGGCAACUAAGCAUUUUGAAACUAGCCCCAAUAAUGGUGAUACAAUUAAAGAGAUUUGAACAUUUAAUUACUGGUUCAAGUGUAAAAAUAAAUGAUUUUGUAGAAUUUCCCUUGCAUUUAAAUAUGAAAUCAUUUUGUACAGCACCAACACCAGAUACUGAUCCAACAAAUUUGAAUGAAAAAACGAAUAAAAGUACCCCAGAUAUGAUUUAUGAAUUAACCGGGAUUGUUACUCAUAGAGGAACAGUGAAUGAAGGUCAUUACAUCACAUAUACAAAAACUGCAGACGGUGUAUGGUACCAAUUUAACGAUUCAGUAGUUAUGAAAGUUCCUCUGGAGCAAAUGUUGAAAGAACAAGCAUACCUUUUGAUAUAUACCAUAAGGCAAUUUAAUUAA